CACCAGCUCGAGCACAGUGCAGGCAGGAACAGCUGAAAAAGAACAACAAAGCCACGACGACGACGGCGUAAACAACAGAUGUGCGUCAAAAAUAUACUGUAAACUUCGGUGACAUUAUCGCUAGUGGAGGUAUUCUUUACCACUGGAACAUACUUGAAAAGCUUUAGUUUAUUCACGCCCAGAGAUUUAACAAUGGGACGCAUCUUCUUGGACCACAUCGGUGGAACACGCCUCUUCUCCUGUGCCAACUGUGACACCAUCCUGACCAACAGGUCGGAGCUCAUAUCAACACGAUUUACAGGAGCCACAGGGAGGGCUUUCCUCUUCAACAAGGUGGUGAACCUGCAGUACAGCGAAGUUCAGGACAGAGUGAUGCUGACCGGGAGACACAUGGUGAGGGACGUCAGCUGCAAGAACUGCAACAGCAAGCUCGGUUGGAUUUACGAGUUUGCUACUGAGGACAGUCAGCGGUACAAGGAGGGGCGUGUGAUCUUGGAGAGGGCGCUAGUGAGGGAGAGCGAGGGCUUUGAGGAGCACGUCCCGUCAGACAACUCAUGAACAUCUUCACUUUGGAUUGUUUGCUCCUCCUCUCCUCCUCCUUUACCCCCUUUACCUCUGCGCUGCACACCUCCACCUGCAGACUUAGAGCUCAGUGAAGUGUUAGCUUCACCUGUCACACCCCUCCCUGAUUAGAAGAUUGGUUUGCUGGCUCUGUUCUUGCUGAUUUGGCUCCCCCCAGAUACCCUUGAUUUACAUGUCACAGGACACCACCCUUUACCAGCUGGGAGCACAGACAGUGGGUUGUAACGUCACUUAUUUGUGCACGGUCACACAGAAGUUAUUUAAAGCUCUACACCAGGCAUGCUCUACACUUUUACUUGUAUCAAAAACACAUGCAUGAUAUUAGACAUGGUCCGACAUCUCUUGGUUGUUUGGUUUAUUUAGAUAACAGUUAGUAGAGCUGAGCUGUCACUCUCUAUAUUGCUUUAAUGGAGCUUGUGCUUCUGUGUCGUCAUCUUUGUGUCAGUGUAUUUGUCACUGGUGAGCACUGAAUGCAAAUAAGACCACAGUAGUUAUUGCUUUAUCAGUUUCUUGUUACUUGGCAGUAGUGUAGUAAAUGUAAUAGUGUUUAAGGUCUUUGUUCACAUUCAAAGGAAACCAUAUGGACUGCACAGAUUGAUGUCAUUCUUAAGUAUUCAUUGUUGUGUUUGAUGAUAAAAGGGGUUGAUUAAGAUUUUGCUCACAUUUAUGUUGACAUCAUUUGCUUGGAGUGAAUCCAAAGUGAUUUAAGCGUCACAUUUAUGCAGUAUUUAGUGUGGAAGUGAUGUGUACAGUAGACAAUCAUACCAGUGCUCCUGUAGUUUUUAAUUCAGUGAUUCAGCUCUCUUUCUCUUAUCAUUGUUUCCAUGCCUGUGUGAUGUGCUGUGUGAAUAGCAACAUGUCACUUCGGUGACGUAUGAUGAGGAGCUUUUACCUUCCAGCUAUGUGUCUCUAGUGAGACGGAGAAAAAAUGUGUGAUGGAGAUGCUUUCUUGCUGCCUGCUGGCAUAAAUACGGCACAAUGAGAAUUGUAAGCAUCUUAAAGCAGCAGCGAGGAGAGACAAGCUCACAGAAAGACAACAGCAGACGUUCACAGACCAGUUUCUCUUUUGUGAUAAAGACAUCAAAUAUGUUUAAAGCACGCUUGAAUUAUCUAUUCCAACAUUUAAAAUCAUCUCCAUGUGUUGAACUAUAUUCUGUAAAGUGACCCGUCUUCUCUUUGCUUAGGUCACACUCAGCCAUAAGAAAACGUUUCCCAUUCUACUCAAAGCAAAAAAGCUUUCACGGACUCUUCGCCCCCUGACUAUGCCAGCCUCCAUCCUACAUAGUCAGUGUCGUGUGAAGAUUUAAAUCAAAAUGUCAAAUUGUGCAAAAAAAAAAAAAAAAAGAAAAGGCGCCCUCAGUCUGUGUGACAUUUGAGGUUAUUUUUGGAGCGGAUUGUAGCAUCAGUGCCCUGGUGAGACAUUGUGCCAUUUCAGAUUGUGCAUGCCUGCAGGCGUAACCAGAACGCUCCGGUCUCCACUGCUGACACUGUUCAUGUUUUAAGCCUCGCCUUUACAAGGUCAUGCAAGACAGUACAAGAUGUCAUUUCUAUAAAAAACGCAUCAUUAACUAUUGAUGGCUUUAACAGGACACCAUCCAUAUCCCCAAGUGAGUGGAGCGUACAGUCAGUGACAGGAUAUUGUCAUUGUUUCCAUUUCUUCAGUCAUUUUAUUGGCAGGCCAUUGUUUUUAUUUGCUUUAUUUUGGUGAUUCUUAUUUGAUUGAUUGAUACAUUUAUCUUAUUGUAUAUUUUCUGAUUAGAGAUUUGAAAAAGUUUUUCUUCUUGUAUGGCUAAAGCAACAUUUUCUUUGAUGUGAUUUCUAAAUAAAUGUAGUAUUGACGAGUUGAA